UAUCAAAUAGAUCAAAGGAGCAGAUAUACGGAUAGAUAAAGUGAUAUGAUGAUGGAAUGGUUUUCUAUGUAUUUUCGGGGGCAUGCACCUGCAACCCUAGUGGGAUGGAAAAAUCUGGACCUGCACUCUGAUUGACUUUUUGUUCAGGUAGCUAGAGAACUAGAGAAAAUAAAUUAAACAAAUAUUAAUGAUAAAGGAGGAAAGAGAAAACUAGGUUAACUGGGAAAGAGAUUAAUGGUAGUUAUAUAUUUUUUCUUGACAUUAGAUGUAUUGUAUGCUUUAAAAAGUGCUACUAAUGUACUGAAGAGGAGAGAUUAAUGCUGAGUUUAAGGAUGACGGUAAGAGGAGGUGGUGGUAGUGUAGUAGUAAGGGCCGCAGAAUUACUAAAUACGGCCCUACUGUGUCUCCAUAGACCUGUUUUUAAAACAAAACCCUAAAUUGGUUUAUUUGCGUGUGUCUGUUGACUGUCAUUAAAAGUUACACUCGCUCGCGGCCUCCGCUGGGAUUAAGGGUCCUAAUCUAACGGGAGAGUUCCCACUACCUUGCGCGAGCUCAGAGAUCUCCGCCCCGGUCGCGUUGAGCUACAGCUCGAAGCCCGGAUGCGCCGCCAUGCCGACUGUCGUCAGCGAAAGCUAUCAUUUAUUCACCAACCUGUCCGCCUAGAGUUGACCGAAGAGGUCGACAGGGCAGAGCGGGGGACAGGGGAGGCCUUUGUGGAGCACAGGCCGCGCUUUGCGCGUUAACGGCGGGCGGCGUCGGGCUCAAUAGCACUCGGGUGCUAGCUAGGCUAACGCUAGCUCGAGUGGAAGCAGGAACGGGGUGGAGACGGCCCGGCCGGAGGCGGGGAGAACACCACCGCGGGGUGACACUGUUAUCCUGACGGUGACCACACUGCUCGGCGGCCAUCUGGGACAGAGUAUCACUUUCACGUACCGGACUUAGGACUUAUUUAUUUAUUUAUCUUCCUCGGAAGGAUUCACGCGCCCGCGCAUGAAGACAAAAGACAAACAAGCUUCAAUGAACAGUUCUGGAAACUAACAGAGAUGUCUGUCAAGGAGGACGCCAUAAAAACUGGCAGUUUAGAAGCCAGGUCAACGCCAUCUCUGCAGCUCUCAGACUGCACCGGAGGUUACAGCGGCGUGUCCGUGACGAUGGAGGAAAACGCAGCCGCGCACGACUUCGCCGCCGCCUGUCCUGUCCCAGGCACUGCAGCCUCACCAAAGCACACGAGCACAGACAGCGCAGGACAAAAAGCCAGAGGGACCGAGAACAGCAUCAAUCGCAGGAACAGCUUCCAUCACUCCAAACAACAGCAACAGCAAUCAAAACUAACCAAGCGGCGCUAUACAGCCAAUUCUAGCUUUAAACAUCCCACAUCCAGCAAAAGGAGACGACGAGCCAACUCUGAGAGCGACUCUGUCUUGCCCACCAACUUUCUCUUGGGUGGCAACAUCUUUGACCCACUUAAUCUGAACAGCCUUUUGGAUGAGGAGGUCAACAGGGCACUUAACGCAGAGACACCCAAAUCCUCCCCACUCCCAGCAAAGAGCCGAGACCCGGUGGAAAUCCUCAUCCCGAGAGAUAUAACCGAUCCUCUGAACCUGAACAGCGGGAUAGCAGACAACUGCUUUUUGGUGUCCCCCUACAAGAGCGGAGGAAGGAAAAGGCAUCGCAACAGACAUCAUGGUGGUGGAGGAGGCGGGGUUAGCGGUGGGAUUCCAACCACAAACAUCUCUGAAUCGACAAAAAGUGAGAUCAAGAUGAGCUCCUCCGUGCAGGUUCUAGGUACGCAAGGCUCGUGUUCGGCACUCGAUUCUUCCAAAGAAUCCAGUAGUUUCUCUAGUGUCACGGCAGAUUCCCACGAGAGCACAGCUGAGAACGCCUCAAGCUGCAAAGAUGAGCCGUCGUUUGGAUCUGUCGAAGAAUAUACUUGCCCCCUGUUGGGGGGACCAAGCCACCACGCAGGAAGACGCAGGCGAAGGCGCAACUCGGGCAAAAUUGAUCCUCCUGUCACCCACUCCACUCCCAGCGGUAAAGUAGCACCAAGUGACAAAAGUUGUGCCACAGGUGGAGCACAAAACUAUUUUCACACGCCAAGAAUUGGUCCCAAAACUGGAGCAGGGCCACGCCCAUACCAGCAGCCCCACGGUCAGGCGAAAGGACACCAAAAGAAGUUCCAGUAUGGAAACUAUAACAAAUAUUAUGGUUAUCGCAACCCAGGCAAGAGUGAAGACCCGCGGAUUCGAGUAUUGCGUCCGGAGUGGUUUGAAGGGAAAGAUGUGUUGGACUUGGGGUGUAAUUCUGGCCACUUGACACUCUACAUUGCCAAAAUGCUGCGGCCUGCGCGCAUAUUGGGGCUGGAUAUCGAUGGUGGGUUGAUUCACGCGGCUCGUAAAAACAUCAGGCACUACCUGUCGGAGCUGCAAACCCAGGAGGCCAGACAAGCUGCUAAACAGGAGGAAGGCGGUAUCAAGGAGAGCCACACGGGGACAGGCGAGAAGCACAGGGAGACUGAGCGCCGAGAGGAGCACUGCAAAGCAGAGAGGGGACAAAGAGGCACUGCGGAGGCUGAGAGUGACAAUGGCUUCUGUCACACAGAUGAUGUAGGGACUCAAAGACAAGACGGCCAAACAGAAGAAACAGAGCGAGGGGACUGUGAAAAGCACAGCACUGAUCAGUCAGUGAGCUGCUCCUUUCCAGUUUCCCUCCGGAUCUCCAGAGGACCCAUCGCUGCACCCCCUUUGACCGAAAAACCGGCCCUGCAGCCCGGGCAAUUUCCUGCUAACGUCUCCUUUGUCAAGGCCAAUUAUGUCUUGGAGAAUGAUAAUCUGCUGUUAACUCAACGGCCGGAGUACGACGUGAUCCUGUGUCUCAGCGUCACCAAAUGGGUUCACCUAAACUGGGGAGACAGUGGCCUCAAGCGGCUCUUCAGGAGAGUCUAUAAACACCUCCGUCCUGGAGGCGUCUUCAUCCUGGAGCCGCAGCCCUGGGAGUCCUACGUGAGGAGGAAGAAGCUGACGGAAAACAUCAACAGGAAUUUUCACAGCAUUCGGCUCAAACCUGAUCAGUUUGCAUCAUAUCUAACAAGCGAGGUGGGAUUCACAAGCUUUGAGUCCCUUCAGGCUCCCAAAUGCUCAGCAAGAGGUUUUCAGAGGCCAAUCUAUGUUUUCCAAAAGUGACUUUCCCAAUCAAACAACCAAUUGAAUGUGAGUUGCAGAAGUUGUCACCGUUCAACCACGCCAGCUACCAGGACUGAGCUACGACCAGAACAGUUAACUCUGAAAGCCAAACAGGAAAAGAAGCCAGGACCAAAAGUUUAAAAAUGGCAUCCAUUGGAAUCACUCGGGACUAAACACAAAAGAAAUGUCGAGGGUCUUCAACUUAUGACUCCUAAAUACAAGUCAAAAGAAUAGAUUUCUUGUAGCUGUCUCCAUGGUAACGAUCACAAGUCCGACUGGUUGUUUGUCAUCAGAUCCAUCCCACUGUUCUGAGCCCCACAGGUUACAACCUUCUCCUGUCGCUGUUUUAAAACCCAGAUGCAGAUAAUGAGCAGAAAACUGUGAGGUCAAUCGCAGAUGGAGCAGAAUUCAUGGCUUAAUGCUUUUUUAUUUCAGCCCCAUUGAGGCUUUAAAUCCCGUGGUAAAGAGCACAUUCACUUAACUUUUUUCUUAUUUUUCAAAACCAUCAGUCAUCAGCCUUAACGUCUGUAAUUCAUCCGUCUUUUUCCGAGUGUUCCCAGUCUCUUUUUUUGUUUCAAAUUCUUUUGAUAUUACUGAAAACAUGAUAGAAGAGUUGAAGUUUUAUAGGUUUUAGAGCUGUCAAAACUUUAAAAAUGGAAUUAAUGAAAAGCUCUGAAGAUGCACAAAGACCUUAAGAAUUGAGUUGCUUAUCAAAGGCAGUACGUUUGGAAAGAGUUUGUGUUUAAAAUCCAUUAACGUUUGUUUUUUUUAAGUCAUUCACUCGAAUGCAAUGACAGAUGGAUCUACUAGUCAUACAAUGUUGAGAACAGAAUAGUUUGCCUGAGUUUCUUCUUGACAGCUUUUUGCCUUCAUCAUACUCACGGAUUAUCAAAAAACAAGGAUUCAGUUCACUUUUUUACUUUUAAAUAUACAUAUAAUUACAUUUUCAUUAAAUCGUUUAAUUUGCAGCAGUUCAGCUCAAGAAAACAAUUUCAAAGGUAUCCUCAGAUGUAAGAGCCAAACCAGUCGUCUGAACUUUUUAUCACUGAAAAAUAAAUUUAGACUUCAUUCAUUUUGGUGGAUUUUCUAUCUGAAAUUGAGCAAUGUAUUUAAAUUACUUCUAAAAUCUUUUUUUUUUUUUUUUUUAUAAAGAGACUUGAAUAUAAACAUAUGUUUAUAUUGAAGCGCUGCCAAAAUGUUCUAAAAAUGUUUUUGCUUUCUUAUGCCAACUGUGUCCUCUCUGUGAGGUCUGUGGAGGUACGAUCUCCCCGUCUUUGGAAUAUCUGCAAUUUUUCUUUAGUAGUCGGGACGGAGAAUUAUUUUUGAUUUUCUUUGACUGGUUCAUUCAGACUUUCUGACAGGAGCAAGAAAAAAGGUGGAAAAAGUGGAUUUUUUUUUUGUGUGUAAUGAGUAAUUUGUAAAUAAGUUCACAAAAUUGUUUUGUUGGUUUAUAACGGCUAUUUUUUACUUUUUAAUGUUUUUUUAUGUUAUUAAUAAGACCCUCACUGUUCUUGUUCUUUAACAGACUACUGUUCUGCUCUGUAACAACAAAUGAAUGUGGACCUUUUCCUGUUUUUGCUUUGUUCUGUCUCGCCAGGCACAUUGUACGAUUAGUGCUUUAUUUUGUUUUUUCUGUCUUUUUUUUUUCCUUUUUUAUAAAUAGUUUGAAAGGAGAAUUGUUGUCUGGGCAGUAUCAUUUCCCUUUAAAUGACCCUGCAGACCAAUCAUUGAAAGAUUCUUGAACUUUUUUCACUCACUCUAAAACAAAGUGUUAAGAUGAAGCUUUAGUUUGAUCUAUGACGCUCUACAUUUGAGAAAAGCAAAGACAAUCACAACCUUUGAACAUAUUUCAUCUGCAUGAGACAAUUCUUAACACACUUAGACUCUUAGAGCUUUCUCUUAGAAGUGACUUUUUUUUUGCUUUUUUUUCAGACUCAAACUAAGCUUUUAAUAUUUUUAAUUCUUCUUGAGGAUCUUUUGUGAACAUGAAUAUGUUUAAAAAAUCCUUAAUACUCCAAAAAUGUCUCAGAUCAAUACUCCAAAAAUUUCCCCUGUCAUAUUGCAGCUUUGCACAGAUAAUUUGUGCGUAAUGUCUACUUCUUAUAAAGAAUUAAGAAUUGAAAGUAUUAAGUUGUAUUAAGGGCACAGUUUUUAUUAUUUCCUAUAAAGUUAUUCCAAAAAAAUAGAGUAUUUCCUAUCAAAUAGUUUUUUGCUUUUUCUUGAAAAAUAAACGUGUCUUGAAAUGUAGAGAACGUAGGAAUAAGCUUUAUAACCAGAGUUGAUUUUAUGUGGGACAGAAACAAAUGUCAAGAAUAAAUAAAUACUUUAACAAA